GAUUGCUAUAAAUGAGUCCUCCUCCCCUCUGUUCCUUCCAGUCCAGAGAUUGUGAGCGAUGCUCCUUCGCAAGUCCAUUUCUCAACGCUCCUGACACAGCCUUUAUAGCAAUCAUGUCCAACCCUGACAUUCGUGAAACCUUUUCCUCGCUGGUCACAGUGAAUGCAGAAUUCAGCAGGGCUGCGAUCCUCAGUCAUCGAUUCUGUCCCGUGUCCAGCGAAGUGAUCUUUCAGUGCAAAACUCCCCCUGGUCAUGAACCUUGGGAAAUCGGCGAAGGACAUGCGCAAGUUCUUGACGAACGAAAGGUGCUCACGUACUGGAACAAUCUCAAAAAGCAGGACGGAAAAUGGCGAGAAGAUCGACUAGGCUGCAAACUGUUUCAUGUCUUCAAAGUCCACAGACACCGUCUCACGAGGAAGAGAGAAGCAAUGGUACUGGUUCAGUGGGUCGGCUAUCCAAAGGAAAUGCUGAGUGACGGUCGUGGUUCUACAUGGGAGCCGUUGAAGAACAUUGUUCAAGCCUCGAGACAACAUGUGGAGGAUUAUCUACGCCAGACGGGCCUGAGGAGAGAUUUGUUAUCGAAGGACAAAAAGGUCUGUAAAUUUCGGAAGUUUUGCAUGCGUAAAACCUUGAGAACAGAGCGAAAGAAGCCUCUCAAUUCUUGA